UCGAUCCCGGGCUGGAUGACUGAGGCAUUUCAGACAUGGACUGAGCCAGAGCGAGAGAGCGAGCUCCGCGGCUGCGGCGAUCUCUCGAUAAGCCACCUAGAGGCGACUCGGUGCGCGCGCUCCCCAGUGGUUCCCGCCCUCCCUCUGAUCAUGUUGACAUAUUCACAGGACAGGCAGUAGUACCGUUGCGGCGCUGCGACGUUACAGUUUCCGACACCUUCUUUUUAUAACUCGGCUCUAUCCCCCAGCACUCGACCUGUGAAAACCACGCCUAUGCAGCAACACAAUUGGUCCGAAAGCGUCAAAGAGCCAAUCAAGAGGCCUCCGGCUCCCCGCAGCCCACAGCAGAGCCCGACCUUCUAGACCGCCGAGCAGACGCCCGGGGAAUUCUAGAGGCGGAGGAGGGUGGCGAGGAGCUCUCGCUGGCUUUCUUUCGCUCCCUCCCUCUCCUGGCGCUCCUUCUCCCACUCCGUCUCUCUCUCUCUCUCUCCCUUCUUUUCAUUCCCCUCCUCCUCCCCCCACCUCUAAAUCCUCCCAGCCCUGCGCGUCUGGACGCAGAUUUAGGAAGGGAAUUCGCUCACGUUUUAGGACAAGGAAGAGAGGCGCGGGAGCAGAGCACACAGCAAGAUUCGGAUUGAAACCCAGACACCCUCCGGAGGCUCGGAGCGGAGGAAGGCGGAGGAGAAGGGCGAACGGAAGCCCGCUUGCAGUUCAAGUUUUGAUAGCGCUGGUAGAAGAGGGCUUCCAUCAGAGAUUUUUUUUUUAUUUUAAGGAGAGAGACUUUUUUUUUUUUCUUUUUUCGCUCUCUUCGCUCGCAGUUCCAGCCGGUCUAGCGCAACUGCAGACGCCUCCCGCGAGCCGAGGGGAAAGGCUAGAGACGGGGGGGCGGGGGAAGAAGAAGAAGAAAAGGUAAAAAAAAAAAAAAAGUCUCCUAGGAGAGCCGUCCGCAUUGGCAACAAAGAACUGGGGGCUGGGGAGCAAUCGCCGGGACCCAGGGCAGGCGUGUCUAUUUCGAGCCGAGCGGCUGGGCUCCGGCGCGAGUCCAGACCCUGCUCGUUCCCCUCGCCUCGGAAACCGACUUCCAGGAGUGGCUUUUUGGAAACGCCAGACACCGGGACAGUCACCCAAGCGACUAUGUCUCCUGAUUUCUCGCCUUGCCCUCUUUAAAAGCGGCCUUCCCCUGCCCCAAAGACACUUCCCCCUCUUCACUUUGAGGUGCUUUAGUUGUGAUCCUCCCACCGCCUUUUUUUUUCUUUCGCUUUUUUACCCCCUCCAAACUAUGCGCUGCUGUUAAAAAAACAAACCAAACCAAAACUAAACAGCAGCUGCGGACUUGUCCCCGGCUGGAGCCCAGCGCCCCGCCUGGAGUGGAUGAGCCUCUCCAUGAGAGAUCCGGUCAUUCCUGGGACAAGCAUGGCCUACCAUCCGUUCCUACCUCACCGGGCGCCGGACUUCGCCAUGAGCGCAGUGCUGGGUCAUCAGCCGCCUUUCUUCCCCGCUCUGACGCUGCCUCCCAACGGCGCGGCGGCGCUCUCGCUGCCCGGCGCCCUGGCCAAGCCGAUCAUGGAUCAGUUGGUGGGGGCGGCCGAGACCGGCAUCCCAUUCUCGUCCCUGGGACCUCAGACCCAUCUGAGGCCCCUGAAGACCAUGGAACCCGAAGAAGAAGUAGAGGAUGACCCCAAGGUACACCUGGAGGCCAAAGAACUUUGGGAUCAAUUCCACAAGCGGGGCACGGAGAUGGUCAUUACCAAGUCGGGAAGGCGAAUGUUUCCUCCAUUUAAAGUGAGGUGUUCUGGGCUGGAUAAAAAAGCCAAAUAUAUUUUGUUGAUGGACAUUAUCGCUGCGGAUGACUGUCGCUAUAAAUUUCACAAUUCCCGGUGGAUGGUAGCAGGAAAGGCUGAUCCUGAAAUGCCGAAGAGAAUGUACAUUCACCCGGACAGCCCUGCUACUGGGGAACAGUGGAUGUCCAAAGUUGUCACUUUCCACAAACUGAAACUCACCAACAACAUUUCGGACAAACAUGGAUUUACUUUGGCCUUCCCAAGUGAUCAAGCAACGUGGCAGGGGAAUUAUAGUUUUGGUACUCAGACUAUAUUGAACUCCAUGCAUAAAUACCAGCCCCGGUUCCACAUCGUGAGAGCCAAUGACAUCUUAAAACUUCCUUAUAGUACUUUUCGGACAUACUUGUUCCCCGAAACCGAAUUCAUCGCUGUGACUGCAUACCAGAAUGAUAAGAUAACUCAGUUAAAAAUAGACAACAACCCUUUUGCAAAAGGUUUCCGGGACACUGGAAAUGGCAGGAGAGAAAAAAGAAAGCAACUCACCCUGCAGUCCAUGAGGGUGUUUGAUGACAGACACAAAAAGGAGAACGGCACCUCAGACGACUCCUCCAGCGAACAGGCCGCCUUCAACUGCUUCGCCCAGUCCUCCUCCCCGGCCGUGUCCACCGUAGGGACAUCCAACCUCAAAGAUCUGUGUCCCAGCGAGGGGGAGAGCGACGCCGAGGCUGACAGCAAAGAGGAGCACGGCCCCGAGGCCUGUGACGCGGCCAAGAUAUCCACCACCACGUCGGAGGAUCCGUGCAGGGACAAGGGCAGCCCGGCGGUCAAGGCACACCUCUUCGCGGCCGAGCCCGGCGGGCGGCCCCGGGACAGCGGGCGGCUUGACAAGGCAUCGCCCGACUCGCGUCACAGCCCGGCCACCAUCUCGUCCAGCACCCGCGGCCUGGGCGCCGAGGAGCGCCGGAGCCCGGGCCGCGAGAGCGCGGCCACGUUCAAGGUGGAGGAGGCGCGCGCGCUGCCGGGCAAGGAGGCCUUCGCGCCGCUCACCGUGCAGACGGACCCGGCCGCCGCGCACCUGGGCCAGGGCCCCCUUCCUGGCCUCGGCUUCGCCCCUGGCCUGGCCGGCCAGCAGUUCUUCAAUGGGCACCCGCUCUUCCUGCACCCCGGCCAGUUCGCCAUGGGGGGCGCCUUCUCCAGCAUGGCCGCCGGCAUGGGGCCCCUGCUGGCCACCGUGUCCGGGGCCUCCACCGGCGUCUCGGGCCUGGAUUCCACGGCCAUGGCCUCGGCUGCCGCGGCGCAGGGACUGUCGGGGGCGUCGGCCACCCUGCCCUUCCAUCUCCAGCAGCACGUUCUGGCCUCUCAGGGCCUGGCCAUGUCGCCUUUCGGAAGCCUGUUUCCUUAUCCUUACACGUACAUGGCCGCAGCAGCUGCCGCCUCCUCGGCGGCGGCCUCCAGCUCCGUGCACCGCCACCCUUUUCUGAACCUGAACACCAUGCGCCCGCGGCUGCGCUACAGCCCCUACUCCAUCCCCGUGCCGGUGCCCGACAGCAGCGGCCUGCUCACCACCGCCCUGCCGUCCAUGGCCGCCGCCGCUUCCGUGUCCUUGUCGCCCAAGCUCUGCCCGGAGAAGGAGGCGGCCACCAGCGAACUGCAGAACAUCCAGCGGUUGGUCAGCGGCCUGGAAGCCAAGCCCGACAGGUCCCGCAGCGCCUCCCCGUAAACCCCUCCCCAGAAAAGUCUCUUCAUUCCAGUCCAGUCCAGUCUGCAGUGCACUUUGUUGGAUGUCACAUAAACCGCGGGCCUGCAGUGAGGUCAGCCCUUUUUUGUGCAGCCCUGUCUGGGAAAGGGGUGCUGGACUCCCUGGAGAGAAUGUGCUAGAAACAGGCCCUGUCUUCUUGGCUGUGGUUUAUACAUCCGGGAUCUGGCUCAGAAACGUCCCAGUUGCAUUGAGCUGUUGGGGGUAGGAGUUCAAGCCUUGGCGGCCAGAGCACCUCCUUGGGGGCUGGUCUGGAAGCUGUGGGAAGAUCCGAGGUAGCCAGGCCCCAGGAGGGGAGGUGUUGAAAAGUUUCUCCCCCAGUGAAGAUCUAUAUAUAUGUGUGUGUGUGCGUUUUUUUCCUUCACCGUCCCAAGUGGAAACACAAAAUUGAAAAAAAAAAAUACUGGGGACAAAUGGAUACAUUAACAUGAUUCUGUUCGUGAAGAUUAAAAACUUUCUAGUGACGUGCUUAUCAGUUCUAAAUAAAUUACUGGGCAGCAUUGUUUGGGGAGGGAAGUCUCUGCCAUCCUUGUUUAGUCUCUAUUAAGGAAAUCUGUGUCUUUUUAAUAAUUCUUGUGAUGUUUUAAGAGCUCUAGGUCUCUUGCAUGUUCCACAGUAAUGUAUUUGUGGGUUUUAUUUUUGAAUGCUUGCUUUUAGAGAGAAAAUAUGACCCCUUAUCUUUUCCUAGAUCAUUGACAACCCCAAGGGGGAUGACUUAAAAGGAAGGGAUGGGGAAGAUACCAAAAAUGAAUUUAUUUUAUCUAAGUUCUGUAGCAGGAUUCAUGUUGUCCCUCUGGCAGUUCUUUUCUGUUUCCUGUAUAUGCAAUAACAAGGUUUUUAAAAAAAAAUAAAGAAGCGAGACUAUUAGACAAAGUAUUUAUGUAAUUAUUUGAUAACUCUUGUAAAUAGGUGGAAUAUGAAUGCUCGGAAAAUUAAACUUUAAUUUAUUGACAUUGUACAUAGCUCUAUGUAAAUAGGAUUGCAGCUGUCAGGUUUUGUGGUUUUGUUUUCCUAUAGUCAGUUUUAUUUCAAGGUCACAGGAUCGCUUUUAAAAGUAGAAAACACACUUUCUGCACCGACACCAACACACUUUUCAAAAGAGUCGUCUGCAAAGAAAAUUUCUUUUUUAAUGUCCAAAACUGGGGAAAAGUGCUAUUUGCCUAUUUUACCGAAAACUGGGGAGGUGGUGCCACUUCCUAGCCCCACCUGAAAUUCCUAAGAGUGUUUUUGAGAUUGCUUGGGGAGGGUGGGGGGGAGGGGAGUGCAGAGGCUGUGGUUUGACUUUCUAAUUUUUCUUUCCUAUUUGUAUUUGCUAGUCUGAUUUCUUCAAAACAAAGUGGAAUUGACUACUUACUGUCUUCAGUGUUGAUGUUUUGAAUUGGUGCCUCUAGAGAGAAAUAUUCACAGUUAAAAAGUCAGGUGCUGAGAGAUGGUUUAAAGACAAAAAUUUCAUGAAGGUAUAUUUUGUGUUAUAAUUGUUGAUGAGUUCUUUGGUUUUCUGUAUUCCCCCCCCCCCUUUAAAAAUCUCGUUGAAAUUUCAAUAAAUUUUUAUUGAAAUGUC